UCUUUCCUGUAGCACUGGGCUCCCACAGCUGGGGAGCUGUUUCCCCCCCCUCUAGUGUGCGCUGAGGCACCGGAGUGUGAGUGUGCAGAGAGAGGGAGAGAGAGAGAAGAAGGACAGAAAAAUCAGCCAGAAAGAUUCGGUGGCUGGAGAGAGAGUGGGGAGAGCAUGUUGCCAGUGGCUCUUCAGCCGCAGUCUUCCUGUUUCCAUCUUCUCUAACUGCACCCCAAAGCCUCAGUCUCUUCUGCAGCCAGGGACACUGAGAAGAACAAGGAAUUUUGAAAGAGGGGGGGAAAGAGCCUUCAGGAACCUGCAAAUCUCUCCCAUUCAUUUUUUCCUCCAGUUUUACCAUGAACCAGGCUCUUUCCUGUCUCUGAGGAGAAAUUAAAAAGCAGAAGGGGGAAUUCAGCAAUUCUUUGGUUGCUAAGUGUGAGUGACAACUGUUAAGCAUGGCCCAAGGAGCCACUGAUCAAAGUAAUGUGGAAACUGCUGACCCAGAGGAGAAUUCUCCAAAUAUGAUUGUUUACAGAAAGAUUGAAGAUAUAAUUACAAGAAUGCAGGAUGACAAAGCAGGUGGAGUUCCCAUCCGAACAGUCAAGAGCUUUCUGUCUAAAAUUCCCAGCGUUGUCACAGGUACUGACAUUGUGCAGUGGCUCAUGAAGAACCUCAGCAUUGAGGACCCAGUAGAAGCAAUACAUAUGGGAAGUCUUAUAGCAGCACAGGGCUAUAUCUUUCCAAUCUCAGACCAUGUUCUUACCCUGAAAGAUGAUGGGACCUUCUAUCGUUUUCAGGCCCCAUACUUUUGGCCUUCAAACUGCUGGGAACCAGAAAAUACAGACUAUGCCAUCUAUCUUUGCAAGCGGACCAUGCAGAACAAAGCUAGGCUGGAGCUGGCGGAUUAUGAAGCCGAAAACUUAGCAAGACUGCAGAGGGCUUUUGCAAGGAAGUGGGAAUUCAUCUUUAUGCAAGCAGAGGCCCAAGUGAAAAUUGACAGAAAAAAGGAUAAAACUGAAAGGAAAAUUUUGGACAGCCAAGAAAGAGCAUUUUGGGAUGUGCACAGGCCAGUGCCAGGCUGCGUGAACACAACAGAAAUGGACAUCAGAAAGUGUCGCCGUAUGAAAAACCCACAGAAGGUUAAAAAGUCAGUAUAUGGGGUUACAGAAGAUUCUCAGUCCCAAAGCCCUGUACAUAUGCCCUCCCAACCCAUACGAAAAACUACAAAAGAGGACUUCCGAAAACGAAUAACCUUUCUGAAUGUGCAGAUAGACAGACACUGUUUAAAAAUGUCCAAAGUAGCUGAAAGUUUAAUAACGUACUCAGACCAGUACAUUGAAUAUGAUCCAUUUAUAACACCUGCUGAACCUUCCAAUCCCUGGAUAAGCGAUGACGCUACUUUAUGGGACAUAGAAAUGAGCAAAGAGCCCAGCCAACAGCGUGUGAAAAGAUGGGGCUUCUCUAUAGAUGAGGUGCUGAAGGAUCCAGUGGGGCGAGACCUGUUCCUUCGUUUUCUGGAGUCCGAAUUCAGUUCAGAAAACCUCAGGUUUUGGUUGGCUGUCCAAGAUCUCAAAAGACAAUCUUUGCAGGAUGUCGCCACCAGAGUGGAGGAAAUCUGGCAAGAGUUUCUAUCUCCAGGGGCACAAAGCCCUAUCAACCUGGAUUCUCACAGCUAUGAGAGAACAAGUCAAAACGUCCAAGAUCCAGGGAGAUACACUUUUGAAGAUGCCCAGGAGCACAUUUACAAGCUGAUGAAGAGUGACAGCUAUGCACGUUUCCUCCGUUCUAACACGUACCAAGACUUAUUUCUGGCGAAGAAGAAGCCAGAGAAUGAGCAAGGUCGUAGAACUUCUCUAGAAAAGUUCACUCGCAGUGUGGGAAAGUCUCUGGCAGGCAAGCGCCUCACAGGCCUGAUGCAAUCCUCCUGACAGCCUUAGCCGGACAAGCAGUUGCUGACAUCCCUGAAGGACAGCUGCACUCCACCUCCAUGGACGAGUUUCAUUUUGGGGAGAAUGGGUCACUGUGAGAGAGAGUGUGAAUGAGAGCAAGGGGAGACAAAGGAGCACAAGGUGGAGAGAUCAGCUCACCGGAGGUUUCUCUUUUCAUAGUUUACAUCAACACUUUCUUACUUGUACAGCUUUGUAAUGACAUUGAGUUCUAUAAAGGUACUUUGGUUCCUA